AUAACAAAGUCUUUGUGAACAAUCAAUCAACCAUGUCUAAAGAAAAAUCACAUGCAAAAAUAAAUGAAUCAUGUGGAAAAUCACAUGUGAAAAUGAAUGAAGCAUGUGUAAAACAUUGUAUGUGAAACUGAAAAAAAAACUCGUGGAAAAAAAUUAAAAGUCCCCUACAUGUGAAAAAUGAAUGAGAAAAUCUGUGUAAUUUCAUAUGUGAAUCAUGUAAUUAUUCACAUGUGAAGUUCAUGUGACUCUUGCAAAAUUGUGGCUUUACGUGCGUUAUUGGUUAUGCAUGUAAAGAUGAAUUUGUGCCCAUUAUUAGUAUUAUUUCAUUGAGCAUUAUUCCCUGAUUGUUUUGAUGAAACAAAGAUGAAACCCUUUGACCAUCAGGCUUUGCUUUCCCCUUUUUAUGGUGGUCUAGGAACCUGACGCAGCUGAAGCUGCAAAACUGGUCCCAGAUCAGCAUAAAUCUGUUAAUACCCUGUAGUAGCAUUGCUCAUCGCUCCUUCUUUCUUCUUCCCUCCCACCCCUGCGCGUCCCCACUAUCCCAGUGAGGACUCAAAGUCAGAGGGGGGGGAGGAGGAGGAGGAGUCCAUGUCAGAGGGAGAGAGGGCUCGGCUAAUGGAAGAGGUGGAGGAAAAGAAGAAGCUGAUCGCUAACAUUAGGAGCAAGCCGUGGCGGAUGAAGAGGAGGCUCAAACACCUCAAGGAAGCGCAGGUGUUUGUGGAUAAGUUUGAAGGUGCUUUGGGCAAAGGGAAGGGCAAGAAACUGUAUGCCUUCAAAGUCAUGAUGACGAAGAAAUGGAUCAAGUUUCAGAGAGAUUUUGAGAAUUUCAAGACAGCCUGCAUACCCUGGGAACGGAAAAUAAAAGAAGUUGAAAGUCAUUUCGGUUCCUCAGUCGCCUCAUACUUCAUCUUCCUCCGCUGGAUGUAUGGCAUGAACCUCGUUCUCUUCAGUUUGACCUUUGGCCUGAUUGUGAUCCCUGAGGUUCUCAUGGGCCUCCCUUAUGGUUCUAUUCCUCGGAAAACAGUGCCACGAGAGGAACAGGCCACUGCAAUGGACUAUGCAGUUCUCACAGACUUUAGUGGUUACUGCAAGUACUCUGUGUUAUUCUAUGGCUACUAUAAUAACCAGAGAACUAUUGGCUUCCUGAAGUUCCGCCUCCCUCUGUCCUACCUCAUGGUGGGCAUUGGGACCUUCGGGUAUAGCCUGAUGGUUGUGAUCCGAACGAUGGCUAAAAACGCAGAUGUGGGGGGUGGGGACGGCGAGGACAAUGAGUUCACCUUCGCCUGGAAGAUGUUCACAAGCUGGGACUACCUCAUCGGCAAUGCAGAGACAGCUGACAACAAGUUUGCCUCCAUCACCACAAGCUUUAAGGAGUCCAUCGUGGAUGAACAGGAGAACCAGAAGGAUGAGAACAUCCACCUCAGGAGAUUCCUGCGUGUACUGGCCAACUUCCUCAUUACCUGCAUCCUGGGAGGCAGCGGAUACCUCAUCUACUUCGUGGUCAAACGCUCACAAGAGUUUGCUGGCAGGGAUGACCUGAGCUGGUAUGAGAAAAACGAGUUGGAGAUCAUAAUGUCGCUACUCGGACUGGUGGGCCCGAUGCUGUUUGAGACUAUCGCCGAGCUGGAGGACUACCACCCCCGCAUCGCCCUCAAGUGGCAACUCGGACGCAUCUUCGCCCUUUUCCUGGGUAACCUGUAUACCUUCCUGCUGGCUCUGUUCGAUGAGGUCAAUGAAAAGCUGGUGGAGGAACAAGCCAUAAAGAACGCCAGCAUGUGGUUCAUGAAGGAAUAUUAUGCCAACUACAGUGCCAGUAACCCGAACGGGACAGGCACGCCGCCCCCUCUCGACCCUGCUGAUGUGAUCCGUGGCCCGUGCUGGGAGACAACAGUGGGGAUAGAAUUUGUAAAACUGACCAUCUCAGAUAUCCAAGUGACGUAUCUGACCAUCCUCAUUGGGGACUUUGCGAGGGCUCUGAUUGUGCGCUUCCUUAACUACUGCUGGUGCUGGGACCUGGAGGCAGGCUGGCCCUCCUAUGCUGAGUUUGACAUCAGCGGCAAUGUCCUUGGAUUGGUCUUCAAUCAAGGGAUGAUUUGGAUGGGAGCGUUCUACGCUCCUGGUCUGGUCGGCAUCAACGUCCUCCGUCUCCUGACCUCUAUGUACUACCAGUGCUGGGCCGUCAUGGCCUCCAAUGUGCCUCAUGAGCGAGUCUUCAAGGCCUCGAAAUCCAACAACUUCUACAUGGGUCUCCUUCUUCUCAUCCUCUUCCUCAGCCUGCUGCCUGUCGUCUACACCAUCAUGUCCCUACCGCCAUCCUUUGACUGUGGGCCCUUUAGUGGCAAAGAGCGGAUGUUUGACGUGAUUAUUGAGACCAUAGAACUGGAUCUGCCUGCGUUUAUGGGAAAGCUGUUUAGUUACGCAGCCAACCCCGGCCUCAUCAUCCCAGCUGUUUUGCUCAUGGUUCUGGCAAUUUAUUAUCUCAACUCAGUGUCUGAGGCCUAUAAAAACGCCAACAACGAGCUAAAAAAGAAAAUGCAAAUGGCAAGAGAUGAGGAAAAGAACAGGAGGAAUAACAAAGACAGCACCAAUCAAGUGAUGAAGGAUUUAGAGGAUUUACUACCCAACCGCUCAAAUAUGCCGGAUUCAGAUGAACAAGCAGACAAGCCUGGUGGAGGAAAACCAUCAAAAGUGAAGCCAGGAUCAGCUGCGCAUGGUGUGAACCUGCAGAAAGACGUAUCACUGGCAUCAGCCAAUCCUAAUGCCCGAGGGCCUGUGAACCGAGCACCAGGCCCCAGGACAGCUGGGCCUUUGCCUGGGCACCCAGGGCCGGCUCCAGGGGCAGGACAUCGCAGGGGACAAUAGCACUAGACACUAGCACUAGCCACUAGCACUAGACUGUAUCAGACUACCUCCUAAAUGAUGCAGUGAACUAUAUACUAUGUCUUUCAUCCUGAACCUGUUCAAUUAUCCUGUUCAACUUCUCACAAAAGAUACAUAACGAAUAGGGACUCUGUUAUGUUUUAAACAUAAGAAUACAGUUUAAAUGCUGCAUAUUACAGUGAGAAUAUGAAUGAGUGCAUGUAUAGUAUUCAGAAAUACUUUUUCGAAUAUCAUUCAGAGCAAUGGAAUUUAAAUUUAAAGCGGCAACAUGUAACUUAUUGAAUAUUAAACAAUACAAUACAAUACAAUACAAUACAAUACAAUACAAUACAACUAGCAUUGCUGAGACAGUGGAGAUAGAGCUGUCAGGUUUAGUUAGGAAUGUUUAGGUGUCUCAUUACGGAUAUGUCAUAUAUCAUCAUUCCACAGCCUUUGGCAUAAAUGAACCGGCUGAUAUAAAUGACAGUGUUAAAAUGGCUAGAGGUUGCCAUAUCAGGCUUCCAGGUUGCUUGCGUAACUUUUUAGCAUAGUUUAGAAUAAUUAUAUCAAUGUUUUUCCCCAGCUAUAUACAUAAGCUGUAUAUUUUUAUUGUGAACAUAUUUGUAAUCUAUAAUGAGUGUAUGUAAGCUGUCCUUAUUAUUACAGUGUAGUGAAUUAACAAGAAUUAUGGUAACUUAAAAAUCAUAAGUAGAAGAGCGCACCAGUGAUUUGCCCUACUUAUUUUCAUACGGAUUCUUUAAUUAUAAAAACACAGUGUUUGUAAUAAUAUGAGACCAUUUUAGACCUUGAUGAAAGUACUGUUCAGAAAAAAACUAUGGUUUUAAUUUUACUGUUCUAUGCUACUUUGUAAAUUCUGCAGCAUAUUUGGCAAAUAUAGUCAUGAUUUUGUAAUGUAUUAAUUUUUUCAAUGAUGAUUCAGUGUAUAUUUGAUCAAAUAUAAGCUGGAAUCAUAUUGAGCCUAUAAAAGCUUGCAAUAAAAUAUAUCUCCACCAGAGGUCUCUAAAUUCCACAAACCCCAAAAGUUAUAUACUUUUGCUUUAA